AAUUUUUUCUCUGAAUCCGACUGUAAAAUCCAAUGGGAAUCCAAAAAUGAAUUUCAUUUUCGUACAGCAAUUCAAAAUUCCAAAUUGAAUGCCAAUAGCAUGCUUACCGACGGUGUCUUCUCGUGCGAGUUCGAGGUAUAUGGAAGGGUCCAAGGCGUCUAUUUCCGUCAUCAUGCGAUGAUGAAGGCCAAGACGCUGGGACUUCGGGGCUGGUGCAUGAACACGGCAAAAGGCACAGUCAGGGGCUACAUGGAGGGUCGGCGCCCCGAGAUCGCCGUGAUGAAGGAGUGGCUGAAAACCACGGGCAGUCCUGGGUCGAAUGUCGAGAGGGUGAAGUUCAGUAGGCAACGGGAGAAGGAAGGCUAUGGCUUUCCCAAUUUCCACGAUAGAUCCGAUGGCUACAAGCAGGUUCAAAUUCAAAAAAAGGAAAAAUUGGGACUAUGAAGAAUCAGGACCAUCAAAGAGCCUCAGAAAAUAAAAGGCAAACAAAACAAUCCGAUCUCAAAUGGAAGAUUCCUGGGCCUCGGAUCUUAUCAGCCCGAUCUGGAAAUAUUCGUUAAGUAUUCGAACAUAGAGCAUAGCAUUGUCUAAGAAAUAUACCGGAAUGAAUCUAAAACAAAGGCACAACACAGGCGUGGAACUAUAAUUAAAAUGCACUUGAUUAUGAUGACUCUCGGAGGCUCUUCGCUCGACAGCCACUCAUUAGAGCCGAGCAAAUAACUAUAGUUAAGAAAUAAAAAUAAAAGAUUAA